AUGGAAAACGAGGCAAUCGGAGGGAUCGCCGUUUUUUUGUUUUGUAAAUAUGGAUACAAACUUGCACACGGGCAAAUUGAAAAGAAAAAUGUGAAGGGAAAGAGGAAAGUGGCGAUGGUUGUGUGUAAUGUGAAAGUUGCAGGGAGGAGCCAUCGAGCACUACAGUCAGAACGAGACCGCACACUUCAACAGGAACCACAAGGUAGGAAGAGUCUACCGUAACCCCUUUUCAUUUCAGACUUCUUUUCAAAAUCGUCACUUUUUGUUAGUCAGUGUCAGCAAUAGCUAAAUUCAAUGAAAACGGCGUUUUUCCGAGUAAAAAUAUCUGAAAAAUUUAUGCUUGUUUUUUUAAAUUUCUAUGCCGUGUCGGGCCGGCAGAAUCUUUGACAAGUCUGCUAUAUCAGUAGUGCCUAUACAAUCCCUUCAGAUUUCUAAUCCAAUUAACCAAUUUCACCCGUCGAUCGAAACGUAUCAAAAAUUCGAAAGCCAGUCUAUUUUGAAACUUCCUCCUCCUCGAAAAAUAGCCGCGAAAGGUCAGCACUUCCUCUUCUUCCAGGCUGACGAACCAUUGUCCUUCGACCGCGGCAACAUACAGCAUCACAUUCCGAAUAAACUGUUGAUGGGUCGCCAGUUGGCGGAGACGAUCGAAGAGGCGAAAGUAAGAAAGCUGGAGGAGCGGGAGCAGCUGGAGAAGCAUCCGCAGGACAGAGACGUAAAAGGUUCGGGCACUUGGACUAGUCACUGAUAUCCGCACUCGCAAGACGGCUUGAUUUAAUGCCGCGCACCAGUCGUAAAUCUCACGGCACAACGAAAUACAUUGCGGCAAUUCCGAAAGUGGUUUUAACUUUGUGACGUUACAGAUCAAGAAGUCAACGAGCAGCCGAACGGCGACGAGCAGGACUACAAAGAGCACUGA